GACACGACACCGGAACUGUGGGAAUAGCAUGGUCUUUGUUUCCACCCAGACCAUUAUCCGAUAGGACCGCUCGGGACGUGACGUGGGACUGAUUACUGAAGCGCAAGUUGGACUAAACUAAAGCUAAUUAAGGAGUGCUUUAAUCCCGGGGUGUUUUGUUCUCCUAGUGUGUGUAAUAAGUGGUGUUUCCUGGUGUGAACAGCGAGCUGCUGCUGCCCGGGCCGACCGUCCUGUCCGCAGUCUUGGUAACUGCUCCCAAUCCGGCGGAAUCAUGAAGCUUUACAGCCUCAGCAUCCUGUACAAAGGGUCGACCAGAUCCAACCUGCUGAAAGCGGCCUAUGACCUGUCUUCCUUCAGCUUCUUCCAGCGUUCCAGUGUUCAGGAGUUCAUGACCUUCACCAGUGCCUUGAUUGUUGAACGAUCAUCCCAAGGAAGCCGCGCCUCCGUCAAAGAACAAGAGUAUCUGUGCCACGUGUAUGUGAGAAAUGACAACUUGAGCGCCGUGGUGAUUGCAGAUACCGAGUAUCCACAGAGAGUCGCUUUCACAUUACUUGACAAGGUAUUAGAGGAGUUUUCCAGGCAGGUGGACAGUAUAGAUUGGCCCUCUGGAAGUCCUGAAAAAAUAAACUACAAAGCCCUGGAUAUCCACCUUUCUAAAUAUCAGAACCCCAGAGAAGCAGAUGCAAUGACCAAAGUGCAGGCGGAGCUGGACGAGACAAAGAUUAUUUUGCACAACACGAUGGAGAGUCUGUUGGAGAGAGGAGAGAAACUGGAUGAUCUUGUGGCAAAAUCAGAGCACUUGGGAAACCAGUCCAAAGCCUUCUACAAGACCGCACGGAAACAGAACUCAUGCUGUGAAAUCAUGUGAUGUCGCCGCCUCGUCCUCGUGGACACGCCUCUCUCUGCCUUUCUGCUUUUCCUACAACCCCCAUCACGCACCGGCCACCAACUUUCUACAAGGACGCUGUCUCUAAACGGAGACGGGGUGCCGAGAAGAGAGCUGUAAACGGUGACCAGCCUGAGCGGGACUUCUCUAGAUUGUGACUUGAUGGGGGCUGAAGGAGUCACGGGGAAGAAGAAACAGUUAUUACAAUUAUUCAUAACCUUUCAAAGGGUAAACAUCUGUGUGGUGUUCAAUGCCGGCUGAGGACAUAGUAAUGUGACGUUGUGUACUAGUAAUGUGUCGUCAAAAUGUCGUCAAACCAUUUUUAUUUCGGACUGAAUCAGAUCUUAAUGGAUUGGUCUCUUAAAAUUGUUGAGAGUAUUAACCGCAGCUUUGCUUUUGCUUUAAAGCAACUCUGACAAUCUGAGUCCUACGUAUUCAUACAAUAUGUAACUAGUUCAACUCCUGAUCAAAACUGGCCGGGUUUUUUUUUUUUUUUUUUUUUUUGGAGACAUGACCUUCUAUGCCCACUAGGUGGCCCUGUUAUCUCUAUGAGCUGUAAGUGUUGAGCUCAGUUUAAAAUCUCAAAAACAUGAGGCAAAACACUUAAGUGGCUGCUUGGAUGUGUGAUAUUAAAAUCUCAUUUAUUAUUUCUUUAAUUUUUUUCUUUUUGGGAUUUUCUGCCUGAAAAUGUAAAAUUAAAUUGUCAACAUUCCUAUUUUGGAGUGACUAACAUUGUUUGAGGUUCCUCACUGAUGAGAGAUCAGGUGUAAACCGCUUAUCCUGGAACCCCCCCCGUCUUCUUUGUUUUCUUGACUUGGUUAACUUCAACCAUGCUGUAAACCCUGAUAUCUACCAGGCAUGACACUAACACAGGAUUUUGGAUUAAAUAACCUUCUCGGACAACCUUUCUCCAGGGCUCUUUUGUAACUCUUAGAUGGGGAAAUCACCUGGUAUUUUAAGUCUCCUCCACUGUGAGAGAAGAUUCUUCAGUCACAACAGUGUUCGAUAGUCACAGCUCUCCCACAACGUUGAAAAGAGGGCACAGAUGUAUGUUGAGACAUAAUACAUUCCACUCUUACAUCAAGUCACUCCAUAGCUUACUUUAUUUAAAAGAGCUGUUUGCAUAAAUUCGGUCUGAUUGGAUAGAACAUGUUUUUCUUUAGGAACUGCGGAUGAGUGUGAUGUAAAACAUUGCCUUUGGUUGUGUAUUUUAGAUGUUUGUCUGCUCUCUGAUCUGUAUGUGUGUGUGUAUAUGUGCAAUUGUGUGUAUGAGAAUUGCUGUUCUACAACAUCCAGCUGCAGCCUGGGUUGAUGUCGAGUGCCUGUGUGAUUUUUGAGAGGAUGAUUAGUGAGGUUUGAAUUAGCUCUUUCUGCUUUUACAGUAUAAACUGGUGCAAUAUCUGCAGACUGGUGUGUGACUAAUGUAAAGAGGAAAAAAAUAAAAUCUUUUCUCAUUAAAUUGA